GUCAUUAUUGACUUGUUUUCACUCACAACAGAUUGAAUGACAUCGGCAAAGAAAACUUCGUCUUAAAAAUUGUUACCAAAAUUCUUUCAAUUGUGUUAAUUCAUUGUUAAAUUUAUCAUAUUCUUGUCAUAUUUUUGCGUAAUUAAUUUGAAAAAGCUGGAUUCAUUCAAAAAAGCACUCGGAAAAAUAGCAGAAGAUUCAACAAUGGAUGUCGACCAAUUGGACACCGCAUCGAUGGAUAUAUCAUCGGUCGAUUUUCAACAAGCAAACGAUGAAAAUGUGCCCGUACAUCAAAGGUUUAUAAAUGCGUUGGACCACCUCGAUAAUCGCGUCGAGAAAUUGCGAAAAGAAGCAAUGACACUGACGGAAAAACGUGACGUAUUACUCAUGUCGAUGGAUAUACUCAAACACAACGAACUCUUGAGCAGCUUAAAUGAAUUCGAGUUAGACGAGGUGAACUGUUAUGCGCAGCGAAUAAGCAAUCGUUUGGGAACGAUUGAAAUCAGCGUGAAGACCGUACGUGAUUGUGCACAGGAAGAUUCAUUACACCAAGUCAAUAGUCUAAUCGAUAGUUUGCUGACGAUAAGCGAUCGGGUGUUGGCACGACAACGGUGCCAAACAUUUUUGAAUGCAUGCUGUGUACACGACGAUUCAACGAACAUUUCAGAAGUCGAACCGGUUGUGGAUAAAAAAUUUGAAACUGCAGUUUUGGGUUGCACACUAGACGAUCAAAAAACAAUCAAAAAACGUUUGCAGGCUCUAAUGGCCUAUUUGAAUAAGCAAACUGUAACGGAGUAGAUUAAGUCAUUUUUUUAGAAUGAAAUUCACGGCAAUUGGUUUGUUAAACAAACAAUACAAAGAAAUGCAUUUUUCUAUUCAAUAACAUUUGCUGUCUACUAACCAAGGCUUUGUUAAAAACAAAAAAAAAGAGCCUAACCUAAUUAAUGUGAAUUCAUAUAAAUCUACUCUUUGAAUGAUGUUACUUCUUUUUAUUAGAACAUCACAUGUGAACAAACGUUUUUGGCAAUAAUGAUUCAGUACCAAUUUCCAAAAUAAUCACAUUUAGCCAAAUUUUACUAAUUCACCUAACACUCAAAUUUAGAUUUUGAUUUUGCAUUUUUAUCACAUGGUUUCUGUUUAAGUUUGUUCAUAAGGCAGUGAUGCAAUUGAAUUUUGUUUUAAAUGGCUGUCAAAACUAUACAUAUAUAUAUAAAUGACGAUGCGUCAAUGUAUGUUUUCUUAUUCCAAAAUGUAAACAAAAUAUUUCCAUAACUCAUAGAGAACCAAAUCACAGCUAAGUGAAAGUGAUUUGUAAAAAAAACAACAACAUUUGAUUACCUCUCUCAGUUUGAUAAAGAGACUAAUUUUACACAAUAAAUUUAAUUAUUGCAAACCAAAA